AUAACAGUUUGAACGUUCAUCGCGUUGAGACAAAGAAGCAUCUCCUCCUGGAAGAAAGUGACUUGUGAAUACAUUUACGUUUAAUUUUUGCACAGUGAAGUGAAUAUUGCGCCCGUUAAUAUGAGUAAAAAAUUUGAAGUAAAUCGUGAAGGUUAUACCAACGUCUAUGUAGACGGUUGUUGUCUAAACCAAGGCACACCUCAAUCCGCUGCUGGUUAUGGCAUUUUUUGGGGCCCCAAUAAUAAAAAUAACUUAGCUGGACAAUCUCGCAAAAAUGCCACGAACAAUGUGGCAGAAAUUCAAGGUGCCACCGUUGCUAUCCAACAAGCUGCUAGGUUGGGCAUUAAAAAAUUAUGCGUGGUUACUGAUUCUGAGAACGUGUACGAUGCGGUAACUGAACACCUUCCGCAAUGGAAAAAGAAUGGCUGGCACAGGCUAUACGAGGGGCAUAGCAAACAGCCGAUCAAAGACCGUGCUGCUUAUGAGAAAUUGGAUAAGGCCAUUCAUGGUAAUUCAAAAGUGGCCAUAAAAUUCCAACUUGUCGAAGCACAUUCCGGCAACCAAAAUCAUAAUGCAGCUGAUCGAUUGGCUGCUGAAGGAGCUCGACUCCAUUACAAUAAUUAAACAUAUUUCACGUGUAUCACACACAAAAAUUAUUUCGAUGGAUACCUAAAUCUUGAUAUAUGUGCAAAAGUGUUAGCGAGAAAUGUGUUUUUGAUUGUGGUGUUUUUACAUUAAGAACGAUUUUUUUUUGAGUAUUGAGCUUUCGAAAAUCUGGUUUAAAAUAGUAAACUUCAAAUCUUGAUCGGACAAACUUCCCGAAGUCAUUUAAGCACAUCUGCAAAGAUUUGAGCAUCCAUUCGAUUAUAUUUUCGGAAUGAAAGUAACAAUUUCGUUAUGACCAGUUUGAAUAUUUCUUUGUUUAAAAAGAGUUUCCAAAGUUAAGAAAAUAAUCUCAGUUGAAGCAAUUCGUUUUGGAAUUACAAUUUUUAGGUUCUUCAUUAGACUCUUUUUUUUAUCCAUUAUAUAAUUAAGAUAAGACUGAUCUAGUGAAAAAGAGCCAUGUAAUCGAACCACAUUUUGUUGAUAGUUAUGCUAUGAUUGUUUCAAAAUUGAAACUUUUUUCUCAUAACAGUAGGGCGAAUUUCUUUUGAAAUUUUUCUUUCAAUUUGACUUUUUCACAAAGUUGCCUUCAUAUACGUGUAAUUUAAGCAGACAUUCAAUGCUGCUUAGUAUCGAACGCGGUUCUUGUAUUUGCAGCUAGCUAUUUCUCGCAGUUUUACAUCGCAAUACAUUUCCUUAUUGGGAUUUUCGUUGAUUGUAAACAAAUCUGUCUAUCUUUUACAUUUUCACUACACACUUCUAAUGGACAUAUACUAUGUACAGUGGCAAUGCGUUGAUAUAGGCAGACUUGUUGAAAAAAAGUUAAAUAAACAAAACCAAAAUCUCCAUAAGGGAAUAUAUUGGCAGUGUAAAACUGCGAGAAAUAGCUAGCUGUGAAUACAAGAGCCACGCUCGAUACUAAGCAACAUGGAAUUUUUGAAUUUAAGUGUUACAACUCAUUCCGAAUCUAAAUAAAAAUAAAAGUAGAAAUUUCCCAUGAAAUUGUUACAAUGCAAAAA